GAUUCAAAGAGCUCUCUCUUUGCGUUCGCCGCGCGAAAAACGAGCUGAAGCAAGCCCUAACAUGUCCGAGGAGUACGAGAAGGAGCCCGUGAAGGCGGUCAGCAUGCCUGAGAUGGACGAGACCGGCGCCGGCUGCAACGUCUGCAUGCCGCCCGGCGGCAUCGUCGGCGCGGACAAGUACGACUACAAGUACCUCUGCCUGCCGUCGAUGCCCUGGUCCAAGGGCGGCGUCGCGCCGCCCAAGUUCCUGUCCAAGGACGAGCGCCUGCCGCUCCUCGUCGCGCUCACCAUGGGCCUGCAGCACGCGCUGGCCAUGGUCGCGGGCAUCGCCACGUCCGGCGGCCUGCUCAUCGCCGGCGACGCGUGCUUCCCCUGGCAGCGCGACUCCGCCAUGUGCGAGGCGCGCGAGUACAUGAUCUCGGCCGCGUGGAUCACGUCGGGCAUCCUCACGAUCAUCCAGGUCUUCCGCGCGCGCAUCCUGGGCACGGGCUUCUACCUCGGCACGGGCCUGAUUUCGGUCAUGGGCACGUCGUUCACGUUCCUGCCCAUCGCGCGCGAGAUGGUCAUCCGCGAGAUCCGCGACGCGUCCGCGGCGGGCAAGUGCGACGGCGGCGACUGCCGCGGCUUCGGCAAGGAGGGCUACGGCAAGUUCCUCGGCACGUGCAUGGUCGCGUCGGUCUUCGAGAUCGCCAUCAGCAUGAUGCCGUCCAAGGUCCGCAAGCGCCUGUUCCCGCCGGUGGUCACGGGCUGCGCGGUCAUGCUCAUCGGCGUGAGCCUCAUCUCGUCGGGCAUCAAGUACGUCGGCGGCGGCGUCUUCUGCGGCGAGAACGACUUCUCGCGGUCCGCGGCGUUCGGCUCGCCCCAGUACUGCAACGAGAACGGGAACGUGAUCCUGCCGUUCGGGUCGGCCGAGUACGUCGGCCUCGCCGCGUCCGUGAUCGCGUUCACGGUCUUCAUCCAGUUCACGGGGUCGCCCUUCCUCAAGUCCACGUGCAUCUUCUGGGGCUUGAUGUUCGGGUGCCUCGUCGCGGGCGUCUCGCGCUACGAGGCCUACUUCAACGACUACCGCAUCCGCAACGCGCCGUGGUUCACGUUCCUCUGGGACAUCACGUUCCCGCUGGGCUUCUCCAAGGAGUACUUCCUGCCCAUCGUCAUCGGCUUCUUCGUCUCGACGGCGGAGACCAUCGGCGACGUCACGAACACGUGCUUCUACUCGCGGCUCCCGACGGAGGGCGCGGACUUCGAGUCGCGCGUCCAGGGCGGGCUGCUGGCCGACGGCGUCAACUCGCUGCUCGCGGCGCUCUUCACGUCGCCGCCCAACACGACCUUCUCGCAGAAUAAUGGCGUGAUCCAACUCACGCAGUGCGCGUCGCGCGCCGCGGGCUUCGCCUGCGCGUUCUGGUUGAUCCUCUUCGGCGUCAUCGGCAAGAUCGGCGCGGCGUUCUCGUCGAUCCCCAUCUGCGUCAUCGGCGGCGUCGUGCUCCAGUGCUUCACCAUGGUCUUCGUCUCCGGCAUGGGCAUCGCGACGCGCCACCCCACGCGCCGCAACAACUUCAUCCUCAUGGUCGCGUUGGCGCUCGGCAUCGGCGUCGGCAUGGAGCCCCAGCUCUUCGAGGGCGGCGGGCCCGCCGCGUUCUACGGCGGCAACCUGCGCCACAACAUCGGCUUCUGGCCGCGCCACAAGACCUGCGACGUCUUCCCGUCCGUCACGACGACGAACACGGUGACGCCGGCGUCCUGCGAUUUGGACGGGUACGUCUGGACGUCGGGCGACGAGGCCUUCGAGACGACGUGCGCGGAUCUGGGCGGCGUCUACGCCGCGGCCGUCACCGAGGACGUCACGGAGACGGUCAAGACCUGCACCAACAAUAACGGCUUUUGCUGCCUCGAGUACGACGACACCAAGGACGCGAACCGGACGACGACGAUCAUCCUCCUCAAGACGACCUACGGCAUCGGCUUCCUCGCCGCGCUCUUCCUCCACAUCAUCCUCCCCGAGGACGCCGUCGACCCGGACGACCCCUACUCUCUCGCCCUCGCCGGCCACCCCGAGUGACCUCCAGGAAGGCGCCCGAGAUCCCCCGAACGCCGCCGCCGCGCGCCCGCCGCCGCGAGAGCCGCGCCGCCCCCCCCCCCCCCC